AUGGCUGAUGGAGACUUCAAUCCCUCUGAGUUGUUUGGAGAUCUUGAGGAACAGGAAACCAACUCCGGUGAUCAGGAGAAACGACUCUUCCUAAAAGACAUUCGUUCGAUGCUCUACGCUUUUGGGGACGUGGAAUCCCCCCUGCCGGAGACCGUUGCCGUUCUCGAAGAGAUCGCCGUCCAGUACAUAAUUGACAUGCAACUCGGACUGAACGUUGAGCCCGUAGCUCCAGGUUCUAAUUCCAAUUACUCGAGUCAAACCUAG